GCGCCGCCUCCCGUUGAGAAAGCGUCACUGAUUAGAAUGGCUUCUAUUGUCUUUUGUUCUGUGUAGACUCGGUGUUACUUUCACUUUCACUUUGUGCUCAUUAAUAUUGAAGAAGGAGGAGGACAUUUCGUUUGAGUCUUCUUUAUGAUGAAAGCGGUGAAAAUGAAGUUUACCUUUAUAUUGCUGUCAGUCGGAUUGUUUUUAAUGCACAAUGGUGUGUCUAGUGUUGAGACAGAUGUGUCAGUGUCAGUGAUGGAGGGAGAUUCAGUCACUCUACUCACUGGUGUUAAGAAAAACCAAGAAGACAGAAUCAGAUGGUACUGUAAUGACACUCGCAUCGCUCAAAUCAAUGGAGAUCCCAGUAAGACCUGUACAGAUGUUCAGUGUAAUGAAGGAACUGAGAGAUUCAGAGACAGACUGAAGCUGGAUCAUCAGACUGGAUCUCUGACCAUCACAAAUAUCACAAACACUGACUCUGGACUCUAUCAACUGAAGAUCUUCAGCAGCAACAGCAUCAGUGAAAAGACCUUCAGUCUUUCUGUCCGUGGUGUUUCUGCUGCUGAACGAGAUAAAACGAAGAGAAAGUCAGUGAAGGAGGGAGAAUCUGUUACUCUAGAUCCUGGAGUAAUAAAACAACCAAAUCAUGUGAUGACUUGGUAUUUUAAUGACACUCUCAUCGCUGAAAUCACUGGAGAUCCCAACAAGACCUGCACAGACUUUCAUUGUCCUGAGAGGUUCAGAGACAGGCUGAAGCUGGAUCGUCAGACUGGAUCUCUGACCAUCAGGAACAUCAGGAUCACAGACUCUGGCGUUUAUGAACUAAAGAUCAGCAGCAGCAAUAAUCGUCGUCGUCGUCGCCGCCGCAGCAUCAGCAGUGUAAAGAGCUUCGACGUUACUGUCAUUAAUUCAGGUCUGUCUCUGGGUGUUGUAGCAAGUCUGUCUGUUAUUGUUCUUCUGCUGGUGACUGCAGCUGUUGCUCUUGGUGUGAUUUUCUAUCGCCGCAGGAGAUCCAGCGAUGGUCACCAGAUUGUGCCGCAUGAACAGUAUUAG